AUGCCCUUAGGAAUGAAUACAUUGAAAGAGUUGGACUUGUCAAGGUGCUCAAAGGUAUCUGAUGCUUGUAUCAAACAUAUAGUGACCAUUGAAGGCUUGGAGAAGCUGCACUUAUCUGAGACUGGGUUGACCGACAAUGGAGUGAUGACCAUUUCUUCACUAACAAAUCUACGUUUGCUAGAUUUGGGGGGAAUCCAUAUGAUAGAUAAAGCCCUGAGGUCUUUACAGGUACUGACACAACUAGAGCAUCUUGAUAUUUGGAGUAGUGAAACUACAAAUGAAGGAGCUUCUGUUCUUAAAGCCUUUACAAGAUUGAGUUUCGUGAAUCUUUCGUGGACACAUGUCACUAGUUUACCAGUUCCUCCGACCAUUCGGCGUCUAAACAUGAGCAACUGCGCUACUAGUUCUAUCUGUGAUGGGGAUUCUGAAGUUCCUGUCCCUCUGGAAAACUUUAUUGUCUCCGCAGCUUCAUUUGGCAAUAUGGAUGAAGUAUUUUCUAGCAUCCAAGCAAGCUCACUGUCCUACUUGGAUAUGUCUGGUUGUUGUUUAAGCACCUUAUCUUUCAUGGAGAAGAUGAGAAAUCUAGAGCAUUUGGACCUUAGCUUGAGCAGAAUAACAGAUGAUGCAAUUGAACAUGUUGCGAAAAUUGGAAAAAACUUGAAAUAUUUGAGCCUCAAGAAUACUGGAGUAACUUCUCAGGCACUAUGUGUUCUGGCAGGCACUUCGCUGUCCUUAGCUCAAACAAAAAUUGAUGAUUCUGCUCUAGCAUAUAUCAUUAUGGUGCCUUUGCUCAGAACAAUAGAUAUAAGCCACACAAGUGUCAAAGGUCGAAACACGGAGAAAAUGUUGUCUUUGUCUGCGUUUGAGCAUCUCAAAUACCUGGAAAGCCUAAAUCUGGAGGAUACACCACUAUCAGCUGAAAUCAUACCUCCUUUGGCAUCCUUUACAGCGUUGAAAUAUUUGUACCUGAAAAGUGAUUUCUUGUCUGAUCCUGCCUUGCAUGCCCUGUCUUCUGCCUCUAAUUUGAUACAUCUUGGGUUCUGCGGGAACAUAUUGUCCAGCUCUGGGCUUCUACAAUUUGUACCCCCUCCGAAGCUUGUAUUGAAUUUAAGUGGCUGCUGGAUCUUAACAGGAGAUGCUAGUUCAAUAUUCUAUAGGUGUCAUCCUAUGAUUGAAGUAAGGCAUGAGCUCAUGCUGGAUCUUAAGGCAAAUCAUGUUUCUACUUCCCAACUUCAUAAACAGGAAUCUCAACAGAUUAAAGCAAAAGUUGCAAACAGCCCAAGUAGGCUUCCCGAUAUCUGCAUUGUAGAUGAAAGGAUAAAAUACAGCAAGGAAGAAUUGAUGGAGCUGCAAUGCCUCGCUGAAUCAAAUCUAGUGAUGCAUGGUGUGCAGCUUCCACCAGAACUGCGAAGGAUCGAAUGAUACGAAGUUUUGUUAUACCUUAAUUUCUCAUGCACUUACUGCAAGCUUGUCAUUUACCAGAGUCCAGUUAUUUUCUUUUGGAACGUGACAAAUUUUUGAAAGGGAAAGAUGUGUCAAUUGAGAGUUAAUCAUACGGUAACAUCAGCGGAAAAGAUGGCUGGUGGUUGUAUCUUUCCCUCUACGGCAAAUUGGCCUAAGAAAUAGAUAGCAUAUUUUGGAUGCUGUU